AUGUCUCUGUGCGGUCUUUGCAGAGAAAUACCAUGGGAGAAUCUUCCCACAGUCCCGCUUGAGUCGUUUCCGUCCAUCAGUGGAUAUCCAUAUCUCGUGGAAUUUCACCAUUGGCCCAAAGACAACCGGGGCUACCUACAUCAUCAGAGCCUGGAUGCUCUACGAAACGCCGCUGGCAAUGAAAGCUGCGGUAUUUGCUCACUGAUACUUACUCAGGUCGAACUGUGCCAGGCCGAACUCGAAGAACUCAAGCCCCAGUGGGAAGCCGGGACUGAAACGGAGUAUGGUUGGCCGCUAUGGGAGAUGUGGAUUGUCAAGAGAGAAGUUGGAGGGGAUGGGUUUUGGGUUAUGAGUACGACGGACCGCGGUAAACGGACAGUGCGGCUUGUGGCGGCCAUUGGGCUUUGUGUAGACGAUGGCAAUCCUUUAGCUCCGAUCAUUCGCGGACGACCGGUUGAGCAGUAUGGCGGAACUUCGAAGGCGAUAACCAGGGUUCAUGACUGGGUCACUGAAUGCAACCAGCAUCCUAAGUGCAGCCCCGGAGAUACACUGUUGCCAGGUCGAGUUGUUGACGUGGGUGAUGAUAUCAACAGCCCAUAUGCGAAGCUCAGAGAGACGGACGGACAGGAACGCGGACAUUACAUAUCUCUGAGCUACUGUUGGGGCAAAGAGCCCCAGUUCACAACCACCAAAGCAACUCUCGAGGAGCGCAAACGUCAAAUCACCAUCUCCGAUCUCUCACAGACACAUCAAGAUCUCAUCAAACUGGCAAGAGAACUACAUGUGAGAUAUCUCUGGAUAGACAGCAUCUGCAUCUGUCAAGGUGACUACGACGAUUGGGAGCGUGAAUCAGCAAAAAUGCUCUCCAUCUACGCAAACUCGUACAUAACGGUUGCAGCCUCAAAAGCAAAGGAUCACUCAGAAGGACUCUUUAGCGAGACAACGCCAAGGGAAUACAAGAAGUUCGAGUAUAAAUCCGGAGAUAUCAGUGGGCAGGCCAUGGCGUUCAAUCUUCCGAUUGAUAAAGAGUCGGGGGCUAAUUCCUAUGUGAGCCUGCCGGAUGAACCACUGUCUGAUCGGGGCUGGGCUCUUCAGGAACGAGUACUACCGUAUCGAAGCUUGCUUUAUACAAAGCAGCAGAUGUUCUUUGAGUGCAGUGAGGGAUUUCGAGGGGAGGAUGGCACGGCUCUCGAUUCGAGAUUUAUUAAUGUGCAUGAUAUGCCAGACGGACAGGACCAGAAAAAGAAGCCCGAAGAUGAAGAAGAGGAGGAAGAAGAUCCUAAAGCAAGCCUGUAUCAGUCAUGGUAUAGCCUUCUCUGGAUAUAUGGCCCUCGAAAAUUGACAGAGCCGUCGGACAAACUCCCUGCCAUCUCUGGUCUUGCGAGUAUCUUUUCCAAACGCCUUAAAGACGAGUACGUCGUCGGGCUCUGGCGGUCAAGACUGCUGGAAGGACUUGUCUGGCAAAGCCUAGAAUGCAGAAGGGUUUCAGAGUACAGAGCACCAUCUUGGUCAUGGGCCUCCAUGGACGGAAUUCCUGGCCUCGGGGUAAGAGCACCUUACGAGGAAGUUGCCAGAAUCCUGGAUGUCAAGGUUGAUCUCAAAGGGACAAAUAUCUACGGCGAGGUCACGAGCGGAAGACUGAGACUCCAAGCGCCGAUGGAGCGAUUAUAUCUCGACACAAAUGACUGGGAUCCUACGAAGCCGGGGUUUGCGUAUGAUAACAACCCUCCGAUUCGUACGGCGCAUGAUGAGACGCAUUCGCGCUUCGACUUUGAUUUUACUGCUGAUGAUGCGCCGCAAGAGGCACUCAAGAUAGUCAAGAGUUUAGAAGGGAAGGAAUUAUUUGCGCUCAUCUUGCUGAAAGUUAAAGAAGAGGAUGAUGAGACUUAUCAUGCGGUAGUGGUAAAGAAAGUCGAUGGGGGAGAGGAGUAUGAGAGGUUGGGAUUUGGGUUGCUCGAUGAGAAGGCUUUGGGACGUAAGCCAGAGCUUGACGCGCAGGAUGAGUUUCCUAUCAUCACGCUUGUGUAA